CGAAUGUCUCGUGUUCAUCAUACAUUCAUCAUAUCAUUCUUAGUUACAUUUCACAAUUAUAAAUUUGUUAUAUAAUAUUCUUACGUACAUUCUGCAUUUGUGAUAUAUUCGCUACUUGUAAUGGCUCGGAGUUGCAGCAAGGAGUUCGCCAGUAAUUAUAUGCUACUAAAUUCAGAAAACUUAGGUUUUAUUGAUCUGUUUUACAUAAUAUUUUCCAAGGACUUAAAGGACAGAAAAUUCAUAGACUGUUCUGAAGGAAGUGGAGAAGAAAGCUCAAGUCAUAGAUGGAUCAUAUUUGCUUCCAUCGUUGCUCAGAAAUUACUAUUCUUAUUAGCCAAACCCUUGGCACGGUUCGGGUCUGGGGUGGAGUAUUGGCUCAACUUAUUUUCUAGCAAUGGCGGCUUUCUUGGCCUGGUUAAAAAUUUCUUACGAGGGAAAGUUGUAGAGCCUAAUAAAGAAUCAGUGAGUUUCCUCUCAAUUCUUGGAUAUACGGACAAGCGGGUGGAUCUAGACAAAAACAUGAAACCCGGAGAUUGGAGAUACUUGAGUGCACUUUCAAUUAUGGCUGCCAAAGUUUCUUAUGAGAAUAAAGCAAACAUUGAGACAGUUGUUAGAGAUCAUUGGAAGAUGGAACUUUUGGGCUCGUUUAACUUCUGGAAUGAUUAUCAAGAAAAAGCAACCACACAAGCUUUCGUAUGCCGUGAUACACGUGCCGAAGAAGAACUCAUUGUGGUAUCUUUCAGAGGUACCGAGGUAUUUGAUGCAGAUUCUUGGUCAUCCGACGUUGAUCUCUCGUGGUAUGAGCUUCGUUGCGGCGUGGGAAAGGUUCAUGGGGGCUUCUUGAAAGCUUUAGGCUUACAGAAGAGUCUAGGUUUCCCGAAAGAAAUUGAACAAGUAGAUGACAGACCAGUUGCUUAUUAUUUCAUCAGGAACAUGCUUAGAGAACUCCUUGCAGCAAACAAGAACGCAAAGUUCAUCGUUACGGGCCACAGCUUAGGAGGAGCAUUAGCCAUUCUGUUUCCGGCCGUUUUAGCUUUCCACAAGGAGGAUUUGUUGCUUGAGAGAUUGCAGGGGAUUUAUACAUUCGGGCAACCGAGAGUCGGAGACGCGAAAUUCGGGGAGUUCAUGGAAGAGCAAUUGAAGAAUUACAGUAUUCGGUAUAUAAGAACUGUUUACUGCAAUGAUAUUGUGCCGAGGCUUCCUUUUGAUGACAACAGUUUUAUGUUCAAGCACUUUGGAGAGUGCCUCUACUUUAACAGUUUUUAUCAAGGACAGAUUGUCGCAGAGGAGCCGAACAAGAAUUACUUUUCGCUUUUGGAUGCGAUUCCAAAGAGGGUAAAUGCAAUUUGGGAACUUGCAAGAGGCUUUAUCAUUCCAUACACAAGGGGAGCUGAUUACAAGGAAGGGGCUCUUCUUCGAGUGAUAAGAUUGAUAGGAGUUUUGGUGCCGGGUAUAUCAGCUCAUUUUCCCCAGAAUUAUGUGAGUGCUUCCCGGUUGGUAUCAUCUGGUGUAUUGCCAACUCGUGACUAGCUAGGCUAAUCUGUGUAUUCAAUUCUUUUGUAUACUCUAUGUGCUUGUGAAGAUUUGAUGUAUCUUAUCAUUCGACUACACUGAAUUUUUUAAAUUUGUAAAUAUAAAUGAAUUCUCUUCCAUUUCCUCAAUUCCAUCAACAAUGGAAUAUAUGAGAUGAUUUUAUUAA